AUGGCCAGCAUUAUGGAUGUGCACUAAGGAAAUCAGGAAAAGUUGAUAUUUAUUGGAACUAUACUAUAAAAGAAACAAUUGCAGAUAAAAGCUAAAGCAAUUCCACCUUAUGAGUUUUAAUUUGAUUAAGCUUAUCUUCAAUUAAUCCUUAGUAGAGCAAAAAUCUUUGUAGGAUACAAUAUUCUCAACAUGAAUGAGGGUCCUGCAUUACUACUUGCUCAUGGAAAGUUCAUCUCUGUAUUCAGUGUUGAUAAUUAGAAAUGGGUCAAUCAUGUCGAAUUCGAAAGCGAUAUUUAGUAUUUGAUAAGACAUAAAAGUCUGAAUGGUGGAACAGUCACAUCAAUUUUGCUUCAUGAUGGUUCUUUGUAUUGUGAUCUCCUGACAAUAUUGUAAAAAGUUCAAAAAAUAGAGAAAAAUUUAUUGACAUGUAAAAUUAAUGGUAAAAUUAUGCGAUAUACAGCGGAUACAUGGCAGUAUUUAACUUUAUAUGCAAACAUAAUGAGAGAAAAAUAAUCUGAUAUAAUUUGCAUAGUACAGGGAAAAGAACAAGUAAUUGUAGAAAACACAAAAUCAACUGCAGCUGUAGCUCUACUAAAAGUCUCCAACGACUCAAAUCUAAGAUUAGUGAUCUAAAUAGGUAAUGAAAUGACAAUUUACUUAGAGAAGGUCACUGGGCAAGAAGUAAAACUUGAAUAAAUUAGAAAAUUUAAGGAUAUAAGCUCAUUCAUAUUGCAUUCUGCUUUAUCCUAUGAUAUCAAUGAUCAUUUAGUUUUCUUUGAUAAAACAGACUGUUUUUUAAUAAAAUUCCACGAUGAAGAAAAAGAUGAGGAAAAAAAGUAUGAAUGGAUUAGAGAUACUAAAAAAUAUGAAAUGGGUUGUUAAACCCUUUUCGAAUGGGGUAAAGGCUUAGAAAGAUUGACAUUCUUGAAUUCAGUUACAACCAUGAUUAUUACCCCCAUUUUGCAUUUAAAUGAAAACAAAUUAAUGGGAAUACCUAUAAGAAAUUUUAUAAGCUAGAAAAUAAUCGGAGAUUAAAUAAUAAAAUUGGAAUUAAAUGGAGAGAUUUAUAGUUGGAAUAUAUUCACAGGGAAGUUUCUUAAGAAAUCAAAAAUUUUGAAUUUUGAUAUUCCUAAAUAUGCUAUUCCAACUUAUUAAUAAAAUGACCUUGGAAAAACGCUUAUGAAAAGUAGAGAAUAAGUUACUGUCGAAAAAGAUAAAGAGCAUGAAUUCUUUUUACCUUGUUUCAGAUGA